AUGUCUCGAUUCAACAUAAAAACUACUACUACAACUGAAGCGACUACAACUGAUGCUACUACAACUGAAGCGUUCCAAGAAUACGAGCUGCAAUAUUUCAAAAUCAUUUGUGCUUGUGAUAUAGUGUUAUUCUGCGGUACACUUAUCUGGAAUUAUAUGGAAUAUCAAGUACAAAGUCCGUGUAACGGCCCACGUCCCUAUACGUAUCAAGCGAUGAGACUGAUUAUCAUGACGCUGCAACCAACUGCUAAAAAUAUAUCUGGUUGUUUAGUUUUGUUGCUCUCCUCUAUGCACUUGUUUCCAAACUUUAUUCCAUCUACAGUGAAUUUCUGGGUGGUUUCUGGAUUAGCUGGGUUCAAUGCGGCCUGGCAGAUAUGGUUCUAUUCUCAUUGGGAUAUUGUGGAAGCGGGAAGCUGCCCUGCGGCAUUUGAAUUUCAGAGUUAUGAGUUGAGAACUGACUGCGAGUGGUUGUUCGCUCAGAAAAUUACGCAUGACUAUCUAAAGAGUGUACCUGUGGUGUUGCACACUAUUUCAGUUAUAAUUCAGUAUUGGAAUUUUGGGAUUCGAAAGAAAAAUUUGAAUGAGGAAAAAACAAUCUUGGUGUAUCUUUUCUCAUUGAGUUUUCUAACAUCUGAAUAUAUUGAUGAAUCUAUUGUUCUAUUCGAUCAUGUUCUCCUGGAACCUUAUUAUUUGAUUCAACAAUACUUUAUUCGCUAUCGAAUCAUAGCUAAAACUAUCCUGACCAUGGUCUAUACCACUCAUUGCUUUAUAUGUUUUGUGACGUCAUCGGAUUACUUGGCAGCUGUCAGAAAGUUUGCGAGGAGAUGGAGAAGGAAGGAGGAUUCGAAGACAAUUCAAGUGGAUGUUCCGACAGCGUCUCUCACUAGAAUUUCAACAAAUAUUGAAGCGUCUUGA